UUCUCGUGUCAUUUCGAUUCAGAAGUUUGUGCAGCCCAAAAUACAUGAGCCGAUUCCAGCAAGGCUUGAGUGUUUUUAUUUUUUAAAUUUUGAGUUUAUUUUUGGAAGUCAUUUUGAGUAAAAAUGGGCAAAACAAGCAAAGACAAACGAGACAUCUAUUACCGGAUGGCCAAAGAGGAGGGUUGGCGUGCCAGGAGCGCCUUCAAGUUGAUCCACCUGGACGAGAAUUUCAAUAUUUUUGAAGGGGUUACACGUGCCGUUGAUUUGUGCGCCGCUCCGGGCAGCUGGAGCCAGGUGCUGUCGAAGAAGCUGUACGAAUCCCGUGACAAGGACAAGGACGAUGUGAAGAUUAUCGCCGUCGAUUUGCAAGCUAUGGCCCCGCUUCCGGGUGUGACCCAACUGCAGGGGGACAUCACCAAGCUGAGCACGGCCCAGGCCAUCAUCGAACACUUUGGCAAUGAUCAGCGCGCCCAGCUGGUCAUUUGCGACGGGGCGCCGGACGUUACGGGGUUGCACGACAUCGACGAGUACAUCCAGUCGCAGCUGCUGCUGGCCGCCCUCAACAUCACGACCCACGUGCUGACCAUCGGCGGAACGUUCAUAGCGAAGAUCUUCCGCGGCCACGACACGACGCUGCUGUACUCGCAGUUGCGAAUCUUCUUCGAGAAGGUCUCUAUUGCGAAACCGGCCAGCUCGCGCAACUCCAGCAUCGAGGCAUUUGUUGUGUGCCAGCAGUACAAACCGCCAGAGGGUUACGUCCCGCAGAUGAUCAACCCGAUGGAGGACGACGUGAUGAAGAUUGCGGGUGAGACGGAAUCCGAAGUGAACCGAUCGAUCAUCCCGUUCAUCGUUUGCGGAGACCUGCGGGGAUACGAUUCGGACAUGUCGUACAGUUUGAAUCUCAACCCGGAGAAGGAGUACGAAUACCGGGAUGUGGUGCAGAAGCCGCUGGCGCCGGCGUACAGCGAAGUGCUGGAGCGGAUGAAGACCACCUCCUUGAAGCACGACAGCAUCAAGGUGGAGUCCGACAAGAAGAAGGAUUAGUUUGGAGGUAUACUUUAACAUUUGUUUGACGCCUUGGCUGCAAGGUGAGCUACCAAACUUUUCGGCAGCCUCAGCAAACUUCAAAUCCAUACAAAUUGCUGCCGGAUCUUUUUCCGGAAAAGAUCCGGCAGCAAAUUUGUAUGGUUUGAAGUUUGUGGGGAGAGUCGAAAAAAUGUAAACAAAUCACUUCGUGCAUCGGCCAAUUCAUUUCAGUAGAUGGGGAGAUUCCGUUGUUACAUUCAAUGACUGGGGAAGUUGGCUGUAAAUUUCCCAUUUUUCAAAGCUAUAUUUAAAUAAAUUUCUACAUUCGAUCAUUGAAAAUUUUUACGAUGUAACUUACAAUUAAAUUUAUGAUACUAAUUGAGUAAAAGAGAUACUAGGUUUUUGGUUUGUCUCAUUAUAAAUUUGCAAUCUAAUGUACUUUUAAGACCAUCAAAAAUUUCAAAUAAAUACCACCUCUUAAUGUA